GGGCAAAGGGUGGGAGGAUUAAAACGGCGUCGUUUGGAUAGUGAAGAGAAAGAGCAACAAACCGACGUCGUUUAAACGCACACACAGUCUCUUUCUCCAUCUCUCUCUAGGGUUUCGCAGAGGUAGAGCUACGUUCUCUCAUGGUGGUGUUGAUCGGAGGAGCCUAAUGGAAAACGCAGAUUCGUCUGAAGAGCCAGAGAAGAAGAGGCCUCAUUUGAACACUCUGUCAUCCCCCAUGGCCCGAAACUCCAGUGUUUCUCCCGAUAACCGAAGCGUUGAUGCAACUUACCUCCAGUAUCAGAAUCAAAAACUUGUUCAGCAGUUAGAGGUGCAGAAGCAUGAGUUGCAUGACCUUGAAGACAAAAUCAAAGAAUUAAAAGACAGGCAAACUUCAUAUGAUGACAUGUUGAUUACCAUGAACCAACUCUGGAGUCAGUUGGUUGAUGAUUUAAUCCUACUUGGAGUACGAGCGGGGGGAGGUCAAAAUGCUAUACAAACCUUGGACCAUGCAGACCAUUCUCGAGGUCUGAUUCCAUCAUGUCCUGCUGAGGAGAUAUUUCUCUGUAGACUACUAGAAACAGAUUCUGUUGAAAGCAAUGGGAAUGAUGGAAUUGUUAAAUAUGUUGAAGAAGCCCUUGCUUUGCGACAUUCUUCUACUCUGGAGUUGAUUAAAUCCCUGGAAGAUACCAUUGAUGCUCAGAGGGUCAAAACAGAAAACAUAGCACAGGCUUUGCAUGGAAAGCUAUCUGCAGAAGAUGCUAUCAUCCAAUUAAGUAAGAUUGAUGAUUUGAUGAAAGAGGAAGCUAACAAUCUGCGUGAGGUUAUUGAUGCUCUUCACUUAAAGCAUAAGGAAUAUGUUGAUGGGAUUCAAACUUAUGUUCACAGCCAUUCGGUGGACCAAUCUGAAAUUAAACGCCUUGCAGGUGAGCUGGAAGAGAGCAUGGCAGAACUUGAAGAAAGUAGAAGAAAGCUAGUUAAUCUGAAAAUGCAAAAGGAUGUAGCAUCUGUGGUGCAUACCCCAGUUCAGGGUGCUGUAAAUGGAAGCUUGUCCCCUGAAAAGCAUGCAGACAGGACAAUGGGUUUCAGAGAAUUGAAGGAUUCAGUUGAGGAAACAAAGAUACUGGCAGCUGACCGUCUUUCUGAGCUCCAUGAGGCACAGGAAGAUAAUCUAAUCUUGUCCAAACAGUUGCAAGAUCUACAGAAUGAACUGAAGGAUGACAAAUAUGUGUAUUCAUCUCGACCUUAUACUUUACUCAAUGAUCAACUCCAACAUUGGAAUGCUGAAGCAGAACGAUACAAAUUACUGACAGAUUCUCUCCAGGCUGACAGGGCUCAGGUUGUGCGAAGGGAGAAAGAACUGAAUGCUAAAUCAGAAUUGGCUGAUGCUGCCAGGAGUGUCAUUGAAAAUGACUCUAAAAUUGAAGAGCUAGAACUCCAGCUGCAAAAAUGUCUUAUUGAAAAAAAUGAUCUUGAGGUUAAAAUGAAAGAAGCUCUUCAAGAUUCAGGUAGAAAAGAUAUUAAAGCAGAGUUCCAUGUAAUGGCCUCGGCCUUGUCUAAAGAAAUGGGAAUGAUGGAAUCUCAGUUGAAUCGGUGGAAGGAGACAGCUCAUGAAGCACUUUCAUUACGGGAACAAGUCCAAUCAUUGAAAGCUUUGCUAAAUAAAAAGACAAAUGAACAAAAGUGCUUAGCAGAUAAAUGUGAGGAACAGAUGGUGGAAAUCAAAUCUCUGAAGGCACUGAUUGAGAAGUUGCAAAAGGGAAAAUUGGAACUGCAGAUCUUCGUGGAUAUGCAUGGACAAGAAAGUUAUGAUAACAGGGACUUGAUGGAAAUCAAAGAAUCAGAACAUAAAGCUCACAUGCAAGCUGAAGUUUUGAGAAAUGCUCUAGAUGAACACAGUCUGGAACUGCGAGUGAAGGCUGCUAAUGAAGCUGAGGCUGCUUGCCAACAAAGGCUUUCUGCUGCCGAAGCAGAAAUAGCUGAUUUAAGAGCCAAACUGGAUGCUUCUGAGAGGGAUGUUUUGGAGCUUAAGGAGGCCAUUAGAAUUAAAGAUGUGGAAGCAGAAGCUUAUAUUUCCGAAAUUGAGACUAUUGGUCAAGCAUAUGAAGAUAUGCAGACACAAAACCAACAUCUGCUGCAGCAGGUGACUGAGAGGGAUGAUUACAAUAUCAAGCUGGUUUCUGAGAGUGUGAAGACAAAGCAAAUGCAGAGUUUUCUACUCUCGGAGAAGCAGGCUUUAGCUAAGCAGCUUCAACAAGUCAACAAUGCACUAGAAUCUUUAAAAAUGAGGAUUGCCCAGAGCGAAGAGCAGAUGAAAGUUUGUCUGGCAGAGGCUUUAAAAUAUACUCAAGAAGACAGACACCUUGCAGUCAGCCUGGAAACCGCAAAGUGGGAAUUGGCUGAUGCUGAGAAGGAAUUGAAGUGGCUGAAAUCUGCUCUUGCUUCUUCCGAGAAGGAAUAUGAGCAGAUCCAGCGGAAAAAGGAGGAAGUUCAAAUGGAAUUGGACAAUGAAAGAAGUGAGAGGCUGAAGCUGGAAGAAGAGCUGAAGGAAUUGAAUAGGGAGAUUGCUGAGAUGAGCUCUGAGAGUGGGGAGGCUGCAAUACAGAAACUACAAGAUGAAAUCAAGGAUGGCAAGGCAAUUCUGAAAUGCGGUGUGUGUUUUGACCGGCCAAAGGAGGUCGUAAUCGUGAAGUGCUAUCAUCUGUUCUGCAAUCCAUGCAUCCAAAGAAAUCUAGAGAUCCGGCAUCGCAAGUGCCCAGCUUGUGGAACUGCAUUUGGGCAGAACGAUGUUCGAUUUGUAAAGAUAUGAAUGAGCUCAUAGUUUUGCUAUACAAAGUUGCUUCAAUGUGUGUCUUGGAGAGUGCUCAUAGCUGUUCCCUCAUGUUGUGGAAACACAAUGAAAGGCCCUUUUCUCUUAGUUCCUUUCAGAUUAUAUCAUAUAUGGUUUUUAGGAAGCCAGAGAUUGCAUAUUUAUGAAUCUUGUGAUUACCCCACUCAUCAAUGGUAUUCACAAAUGUUUGUAAAUUAUUAAA